AUGGCCGACCUUUCGUUAGGUCCCCUGCGAAUCGCCAAUCCAGAUGAUGCAUCACCAGAUACUGCAUUGCAGCCUCACCCUGCAACCUCUUUCCCACGAGUCUCCCCACUUGUCGAUGUCCAGGGCCGGCCUGACGACUAUCUGACCUCUGUUCCUCAGCGGACCGACAGCCCUGUCUCACCCAUCGAGAGUCUCCCAGAAGAUGGGUCGACUUCCGCUGCGAUGUCCUCUACUCCCUCCUUUCCCCAAAAUGGUCGCCCAUUCGAUCGGUCUCAACCCAGACAGACGCUGCCCUACUCCUAUCAAGACCAACAGCAAUCGCAAUUUCCUCAAUAUCCCGCCAUGGUCCCGCAGAACCUCCACGAUCCGCGACAGAUUGCUUCUCGGCCGGGCUCAACAUACUACACACAGAUGCCUGUGAAUGGUGUCAAUGGCAAUAAUUUGUCACGCCAAGGUUCCUAUCGCGUCCGCAGUGAUGGCUCUGUGUCUACGGGCUUUCCCCAGAGAUCAUCAUCAAAACGUUCCGGCAUUGGAGAUGUAGCUGGUGUUCCCUCACGAGACGAUAGUCACACUGAGCGGUCCUAUGGUUCGGGUCAAUAUACCUUCGGGAAUGCUCCAUUACCUCCUAGAAGGAGCUCGAGAGGGCUAGCUGGCGGACGGAUGGGUAAUACCCCUGUGGGAAGUACCCCUCUCUCCACCACACCCAAAUCAAUCCAGACACCGUUAUCGGGCUCGCCGUAUAACUUGGAAGAUCGUCCCUUGGCCAGUGCCGACGACUGGCAGGAAAGAGGCGCCGCUGUCGGAGUCAAGCGAGAAUAUGAUGCUGAAGGUCGGCAGGUCUUGAAGGCUGUCAAGAAGGGUGUGAAGGAUUUCAACUUCGGUCAAACACUGGGCGAAGGGUCAUACAGUACUGUUCUCGCAGCUCAGGAUCGACAGAGUGGGAAGGACUAUGCGAUCAAAGUUCUGGACAAACGACACAUCAUCAAAGAGAAAAAGGUCAAAUACGUUAACAUCGAAAAGGACACUCUCAAUCGGCUAACUGAUCAUCCUGGAGUGGUCAGGCUCUACUAUACCUUCCAGGACGAGCGAUCACUAUAUUUUGUUCUCGACUUGUGCCCAGGUGGUGAAUUACUAGGUGUUUUGAAAAGGAUGUCGACAUUUGACGAAGAGUGUACGCGGUUCUACGCAGCGCAAAUCCUUGAUACCAUUGAAUAUAUGCACAGCCGUGGCGUGAUACAUCGAGAUUUGAAGCCUGAAAACCUGUUGCUUGAUGAGAACCGGCAUAUCAAAGUGACGGACUUUGGAACAGCCAAAAUACUACCAGAAUGGAGAGACGAAGACGGAAGGGUUGGUGGAUUCGAGUCCGAUUCGACUUCGUCAGAGAACAGGGCCAAUUCAUUCGUUGGAACGGCCGAAUACGUCAGUCCAGAGUUGUUGACAGACAAAUGCGCCUGCAAAGCCAGUGAUUUAUGGGCAUUCGGUUGCAUUGUCUACCAACUCUUGGCGGGACGGCCACCAUUCAAGGCUGUGAAUGAUUACCACACCUUCCAGAAGAUUGUUGGACUCGACUAUGAAUUUCCACGAGGAUUUCCUGAGGUGGCAAAGGAUCUCGUUGAGCGACUACUGGUACUGGACCCUCAACGAAGACUGCCCAUAGAACAUGCGAAAAACCACCAAUUCUUCCAGGGUAUCCAGUGGGGUCGUGGUCUGUGGCAGCAAGCAGCUCCUCGACUAAAGGCAUAUGCACCGCCACCAGCACCACCCAUCAAACUCAAUGGUGAUGGUGUGCAGGACACCUAUCCUCCUGACAUCGGACCUGGCCACAGUACACAUCCGACAAUGCUGCCUCCUAGCAAUCAAAAACCGAAGCCGAGGGUGAUUACGGAACUGCCGCCUCCUAGCCAGCUUGAUAUCGAAUGGUCUCCGGUACUGACGAGGAAUAACGAGAGGAUCUUGAAACUCGGGAAUCUGUUGGUAGUAUCGUCACCGAAUCCUCACAGUCCACAUGGAAAUGAAGGCGGAGGGAAACUGUCUCGCUUGUUUGGAGGGAGUGCCACGAAAAAGAGACAGAGAUUGGUCAUGGUGACAUCGAGCGCCCGCAUCAUCAUUGCGGCAGCCGGAGGCGAGGAAAAAAAAUCGAAAUCGGAGAUUUCACUGCUUUCACCUGACAUUGACAUUUCUAGUGCGACCGAUGUCAAGGGUGUCACCCAAUGGAUUGUGAACACUCGAGACAAGCACUAUGUUUUUGAGGACCCGAAGCCCUCGUCUGGAGAACAAAUGGCCUCCGCGACAUCGGCACAAGAAUGGCUGGAUACCCUUGUGCGAGCACGCGAGAUUGCCAUUUCAUUCCAAACACAGCAUUCCAACAACAACUACUCGACGGACGAUUCACUUAACAUAUCGUCCUCGGCACUGUCAAGCCAUGCGAGCACAGUUGACCAUGCGACCGACCUGAAUCCGCCGUCAGGUAGCCACGGGCAUAGUGGGCGAGGGAUCUUACACAAGCAACAUUCCGGAGGGGAUGCUGAAUCACUCAAAGGAAGAAAACGAUUCAGCAAAAGACAGUCCAAGAGUGGCCUGACGGCGGUGUUCUGA